AUGGGCAGCUGUCUCACCAGAGCUACAUGCACCCUCUAUCCUCUGCUAAUUGUUCUUUGUGUCAUUUUCAUUUAUUUAUUUUUCUUUUUAGAUGAGAAUAUUGGGCAAACUCAACAACAGAUUUCUGGAGAAGUUUCAUUCUGUUGUGAGAGAGUCUCUCAAUCUACAGGAGAAGAUUCAUUUUCUUCCAUUUUAGAACUGUGGCAAGAUAAUGACCUGCUAGAGGGAUUUCAGGGAAACCAGGAUAACUCUUUAAGUCAUGUAAAAAUAUUGAUUAAGGAGAAGUGCUGUGACUAUAAGAACAUUGGGAAAAUAAUUAAUUUGAGUACCAAGCUUGCUCCUUCAAGAAUAAGACUCCAUAACUGUGACACAUUUGGAAAAAGUUUGAAGCAAACUUUAAACUUACAUAAUCGUAGUAGAAGCAGUGCAACAAAGAACCUUGAUAAGAUUUUUAGAAGUGGUAACAAUUUUGCCCAUAGCUCUUCCUCUACUAAGAAUGAGACUACUAAUAUAGGAAUGAAUUCCUGUGAGCAUAAUCAAUGUGAGAAACAUCUCAGCCACAAACAAGUUCUCAUCCACCAUCAGAAAUUUCAUACUGGGGAGAAACUUUAUAUAUGUACUAAAUGUGUGAAGGGCUUCACUGAGAAGUCACAUCUCUUUGAGCAUCAGAGAAUUCAUGCUGGAGAAAAUUCCCAUAAAUGCAAUAAAAGUGAGAAAGUCUUCACUCAGAAGGCACAAAUUGAUUUACAUCAGAGAGUUUAUUCAGGAGAGAAACCCUAUUUAUGUAUUCAAUGUGGGAAGGUCUUUACCCUCAAGUCAAACCUCAUUACACAUCAGAAAAUUCAUAUUGGGCAAAAACCCUACAAAUGCAGUGACUGUGGAAAAGCCUUUUUCCAGAGGUCAGAUCUCUUUAGACAUAUGAGAAUUCAUACAGGAGAAAAACCUUAUGAAUGCAGUGAAUGUGGAAAAGGCUUCUCCCAGAAUUCAGACCUCAGUAUACAUCAGAAAACUCAUACUGGAGAGAGACACUAUGAAUGCAGUGAAUGUGGGAAAGCUUUCACAAGAAAAUCAGCACUCAGGAUGCAUCAGAGAAUUCAUACAGGAGAGAAACCUUAUGUAUGCACUGAAUGUGGGAAGGCCUUCGUCCAGAAAUCACACUUUAAUACACAUCAGAGAAUUCACACUGGAGAAAAACCUUAUGAAUGCAGUGACUGUGGGAAAUCAUUCAGUAAGAAGUCACAACUGCAUGUACAUCAGAGAAUUCACACAGGAGAGAAACCCUAUAUAUGUACAGAAUGUGGGAAGGUCUUCACUCAUAGGACAAAUCUCAUUACACAUCAGAAAACUCAUACUGGGGAGAAACCUUAUAUAUGUACUGAAUGUGGGAAGGCUUUCACUGAUCAGUCAAAUCUUAUUAAACACCAAAAAACUCAUACUGGGGAGAAACCCUAUAAAUGCAAUGGCUGUGGAAAAGCCUUCAUAUGGAAGUCACGCCUCAAAAUACAUCAGAAAUCUCAUAUUGGAGAAAGACACUAUCAAUGCAAUGAAUGCGGGAAAGCCUUUAUCCAGAAAUCAACAUUAAGUGUGCAUCAGAGAAUCCAUACAGGAGAGAAACCCUACGUGUGUCCUGAAUGUGGGAAGGCCUUCAUCCAGAAAUCACACUUCAUUGCACAUCACAGAAUUCAUACUGGAGAGAAACCUUAUGAAUGCAGUGAUUGUGGGAAAUCCUUUACUAAGAAGUCACAACUCCGUGUGCAUUGGAGAAUUCACACAGGAGAGAAACCCAAUAUAUGUGCUGAAUGUGGAAAGGCAUUCACUGACAGGUCAAAUCUCAUUACACACCAGAAAAUCCAUACAAGAGAGAAACCCUAUAAAUGCAGUGACUGUGGAAAAACCUUUACCUGGAAGUCACGCCUCAGUAUACAUCAGAAAUCUCAUACUGGAGAGAGACACUAUGAAUGCAGCAAAUGUGGGAAAGCUUUCAUUCAGAAAGCCACGCUAAGUAUGCACCAGAUGAUUCAUACUGGAAAGAAACCUUAUUCUUGUACAGAAUGUCAGAAGGCCUUCACUGACCGAUCAAAUCUCAUUAAACACCAGAAAACCCAUAGUGGAGAAAAACUCUAUAAAGUCAGUGACUGAAAAAGCCUUCACUUGUAAAUCACAACUUUGUAUACAUCAGGUAUCUCAUAGUGGGGAAGAAGGGUGCCUGGUGCUGCAGUCAUUGUGCAGGGGAAAUUAGAUGUGAGAGACUAUGGCUUGAUUGAACAGAAUGCAAACAAAGCCAAAUAUCCUUCAGUCAAUUCAAAAUACAAUUACCUACAUCACCAUAGUUGAUAUACAAUUAUAUCCAUAAGGAGAUACUUUAGAAAAAGCAUUUGACCAAUAGCCAUGUUUGGUUACCUGGUUGAUACUGGGAACCUUGAGUCCCUGCAAAAGGUAAAAGUAGAGACCCAAGGAGGUGGCUUGCAAUCUCUUAACAUUUCACUUAUCGGAUAAAUGACUUUAUAAAUUUAGCACUGAUUAGCUCUUCAUGCCCUGGGAUGUAAAAGUACUGAAUACUGGCCAAAGAAAUAGCAUAUUUCUAGGGUGGGGAAAAGAGUUUUCAUUGCCCAAACACCUGCAGGGCACUGAAGUCAAGGCAAAAACAGUUGGGAAUGCAGAUCUAUAAUGUGUAGAAGUCAGAAGUUUGUGAUCAUUGACAUUUAAGAUAAAGUAAAGGAUCCCCGUGAAGAACCAUUCAUUCUCUUCCUUUUGGAAAGUUACUAUGGUGUGU